UGCUUGGUCGCGUGCUUUCUGGAGCAGCCAAUGGCGUAGCAGUCCGCGUGCGCAGAUUCAAACGGCGGCUCUGGAAAGAGGCUGGGCGCGAGAUUCGGCGGCAGGGACAAAAAAAAAGGAGAAAAAGGAGCCAGCGAGGGUGGAGGCGGCGGCGGCGCCUGGGGGAAAGCAGCCCUGCCGGAGGAGCUCCGAGCCGUGACAGCCGAGCGAGGCCCCAGGCGGGGGACUUGGAGCCCGGCUUGCCAUCCCUUUCGCUGGGCGUAAGGCCAUGUCCCCCAUGCGGGGGGCGAGGCGCGGCCGGGGCUGAAAGGCAGCCGUGCCCCCCUCCCCGCCCCCUGGGGGCUGCGCGCCUUGGCCGGUGGUGACAGCCGCGCUCCCUUCUUCUCGCCUUCCUUAUGGUGCGCGCCAAGGAUGGCGAAGAGGCCGCGCAGCAGAAAAACAAGACAAAUGAAGCAUCAAGAACAGCCCAACUGCUAUCCCAAACAUCUGAAUCGUCUCCUAGCUUUCAAUAUAUAUAACAUAAGAUUUAUUACUGUAUGUGCAAGGCUCAACCCUGCCAUACCCCUUUACAAAGCAGAGCAGUAAUGUUCUUUCUAAGUGAGGAAGAUGAUGAUGACCUUCAUUAUGCAGAUCAUGACUAUGAAGUACCACAACAAAAAGGAACGAAGAAGUUAUGUAACAGAGUAAAAUGGACGCGUGAUGAGGAUGAAAAGCUGAAGAAGCUAGUAGAACAGCAUGGUACAAGUGACUGGACAUUUAUUGCUAGUCAUCUACAAAAUCGUUCCGAUUUUCAGUGCCAGCACCGUUGGCAAAAAGUCCUGAAUCCAGAACUUAUUAAAGGCCCCUGGACUAAGGAAGAGGAUCAGAGGGUUAUUGAGCUUGUUCAGAAAUAUGGUCCAAAGCGCUGGUCUUUGAUUGCAAAGCACUUAAAAGGAAGAAUAGGGAAGCAAUGUCGAGAACGAUGGCAUAAUCACCUUAAUCCUGAGGUAAAGAAAUCUUCAUGGACUGAGGAGGAGGACAGAAUCAUCUAUGAAGCUCACAAACGCUUGGGAAAUCGAUGGGCUGAAAUUGCGAAGUUGCUUCCCGGAAGGACUGACAAUUCUAUCAAAAAUCAUUGGAACUCCACUAUGCGAAGAAAAGUAGAACAAGAAGGAUAUUUACAAGAUGGAAUCAAGACUGAGCGACCUUGUUCAUCAAAACUGCCACACAAAACUUGUGCAUCUACAGACCAUCUUCAUACCCCAAAUCAGUUCUACAUACCAGUGCAGGCACAUAUCCCAGGAUAUCAGUAUGUUUCAACAGAAGGCAACUGCAUUGACCAUGUCACAACUUCUUCAAAUUUCAUUCAGCAGCCAUUUGAUGAUGAUCCUGACAAAGAGAAAAAAAUUAAGGAACUUGAGCUGUUACUUAUGUCGGCUGAGAAUGAAAUCAGGAGAAAGAGAGUCUCAUCUCAAGCUGGAAAUUUUUCUAACUGGUCUGGAGGCUUCAUCAUGGAAGAUAGUAUGACAAAUGCCCUAAAUGGCCUUGGGGAACAAACAAAUGACUUCUAUAAUCUGGAUGAAACCCAGACUGCAACAGCUCAGCAGAACUCUCCUACCAAAUAUUUGGCUGUGGAGGCAAAUGCGGUUUUGUCAUCUCUACAGACCAUUCCAGAAUUUGCAGAGACACUAGAACUCAUUGAGUCUGAUCCUGUAGCAUGGAGUGACGUCACCAGCUUUGACCUCUCUGAUGCGGCUACGUCCCCUGUCAGUCAAGCUCCAGUAAAACUAAUGCGGAUUCAGCACAACGAUGGGGCCAUGGAGUGCCAGUUUAAUGUAAGUGUUGUACUAGAUGGCAAAAAAUCAAGUGACGACGAAGAGUCAGCAUCUCCAACUACAGCCAAGUUCAGUACUCCUCCAACUAUUUUGCGCAAGAAGAAGAAAACUAGAACUGGACUGUCACCAUCAGUCAAUGAACAGAACGAUGGUUCAUGUAGCAGUGGUUCCAAUUUUGCACUAAAACAAACACCAGUGAAAACACUACCCUUUUCUCCUUCCCAGUUCUUCAACACCUGUUCUGGAAAUGAGCAGUUUAACAUUGAAAAUCCUGCCUUUACAUCAACUCCAAUUUGUGGCCAAAAGGUUCUUAUUACCACACCUUUACAUAAUAAAGAAGUAACACCCAAAGAUCAAAAAGAAAAUGCAGGUUUUAGGACACCUACUAUUAGAAGAUCUCUGCUAGGUACAACACCAAGGACCCCUACUCCAUUUAAGAAUGCUUUAGCUGCUCAGGAAAAAAAAUAUGGUCCUCUGAAAAUUGUGUCACAGCCCCUUGCCUAUCUGGAAGAAGAUAUCAGAGAAGUUUUAAAGGAGGAAACUGGAACAGAUAUCUUCUUCAAGGAAGAAGAGGAUUCUUUCUACAAGGGCUGCAAACUAGAGAAUCCUUCUGUGAAGAAAGUCAGGAAGUCAUUAGUUUUGGAUCCUUGGGAAAAAGAAGAGCUUGGUGCCCAGUUUUUCACAGAUGAAAGUGUUCCAGAUGUACAGUCAGAAAAUAUAUAUACUACAUCACUCCUGAUGAUUCCAUUAUUGGAAAUACAUGACAAUAGAGGCAGUAGGACUCCAGAGAAACAGGAUUCCAGUUCAACAAAGCUGAAUGUAGCAAUGAAGAAAAAGCAGAAUACUUGCACUUCAAAAAAUGUCAAAACAGAAAAAACCUUCCAGGCCAAUUGUGAAUGGGAAGCUGUUGUUUAUGGGAAGACUGAAGAUCAGCUUAUUAUGACUGAGCAAGCAAGAAGAUACCUGAGCACCUAUACAGCUACUGGCAGCACUUCAAGGGCUCUGAUCUUGUGAUGGUCGCUAAAUGUACCAAUCUACCUUUUUCCUUUAUACUACAGACUUUAUACUGAGAUUUUUUCCCCAGUAAUGUAUGUAUGGAUACUUUUUUGAGUUGAAGCUGCAUUAUAAGGAAGAACUUAAGUCUUUUUUUAAACCUUUUUUAAAAGCAAGUUUAAUUGGUCUUUUAAAAGACCACUCUAAAGAAAAUGGUGAAAGGAAUAUUUUUUUAAGCCGUUUUUAAAAUUCUUUAUACAUUUCUCUUGUUCUUAAGAAGCUUUUAAUGUAGAGUAGGUUUACAGGUACUCAGUGUUCUGUAAAAGAAAAACAUUACACAACUCCUUGAGAAUGCUUUUGCUUAAACGCAUUUGCUUAUGUAGCAAUUUUUAUAAACACAAAAGAAAGACUAAAGGAAGAAUAGAAAGUUGCACUACUAGAACUAGGUAUGCUGCACAAAAUUAACUACAGUGUUAAAUGUAUUUAUUUGAGAAUGGUACUUCUAAUAAGAGUAGACAAAGGGAAGAAUUUAAUUUUUAUUAGGAUAAAGCAUCAGUAUUCAGAAAUCUCAAACUGAGACCAUUGUUGAAUGUAUUGUACAGCAUGUGGGAGCAGGAAGGCUUUUGUAAAUUUGGAAGGGGGUUUGUUUUUUAAUUUAUUUUCAUUUUAAAGCUUAAGGCUGCAAUCUCACCAAGUGCUCGCAUAUUCCUGCUGCUUUGCAAAACAACACAAACUCAGGAGGAAGCCAGGACAAGCUUGCUCUUGCUUGCAGAGAGGAGAGGAGUAGUAUCAUAACACCCACUUCUCAGAGACAACACCUUUAAGCACUGUUGACCCUUGCUCCUCCUUUCCAUUGUUGUAACCUCAGCCUUAUGCAGUGUUUUUAUACACAGUCCAUUCUGCUAGUUUUUGAGAUGAACUACAUCCCCUUAUAAUCCUUUCCCCAUAGAAGCAGCAGUCCUGACCAAGUCCUCAGUCUUUCUUGAAUAUGAGUCUAAAGCUAACCUGCCAGUUGAACCCCAUUCUCCUUCUAGCCUGUGAAGUCUUUGGGACUCUAAUCACUGCCUUAAUUUUGGUAGGACACUUAAGAACUUUCCAGUAUAUUAUCAGUCAGGGGCAUUAAGAAGAAGAAGAAAUCAAUGUGUAUUUUGUUUCUUUUAGGAAGCUGCAGUGGGAUUACUCCUGCAAAGCUCUAACCUGGGUAGAUUGAUAGAAGAGCUCUCUUUAGGUUAGAGGAUGUGAGCAGCUUGUGACAGUGAAGAAUCAGCCUCUUAAAAGAUGAUGCUCAUAUUCUCAGUUGCAGGUUGUGCCUUUUGACAGGGAUGAAAGCAUCUUGCUUCUGGUGGGGACUGUUGAUCCUACAAAUGGCCCAGGGAAGGAGGAGAGCAAGGCCCCAAUAUCGUAUGAAGUAUCAGAAUUGACUGUGUCAUGAAACAUUGUACCUUGCAGAAGUUAACAAAUGGAAAAUGGGAGAGGAAUCUCAGUUGGGCUGGCCUUUUACAGCAGUUGCUCUGACUUGCUCUCAGUCUCCACAAAUGCAUCAUAUUUUACCUGAGGAGAUAGAUUGGAAUGGUGGUGGUACCUGAGCUGUCUGUUGGCUAAGGGGUGUCUCUGAAGAUAGCCUACUAUUCCUAAUCAAAUCAAAGCAGGAAUAAAAGGAAGUGGCCUGUGGUGUGUCUCAGAAGAAGCACAGUGCAAGGUAUAAACACAUCUCUGUGUGAAAGAGACUUCCUCUCUUCUGUUUUUCCCCCUGAGCUGUGUAAACACUGUGAAAGUGGCAAAAGGGAGAAUGAGCAUCCUCUCUGAAGGAUGGUGGUGGAGGAUCAGCUGCUAUGGCAGGAUGCGUGAAGUAUCUGGGUUGCUCUGCGAAUGCCAGCCCCAGAAGUGGGUCUAUGCGGGCACAAACGAUACAAAGGAUUGCAGCCUCACUGUGCAGAAAUAUAUAUGUAUGCAGGUUGUCUAGAAGCGGAUGUUGUUUUCCUGGUAAAUAGCUCCAGCAAAAAUGAGAAAGAGCGAAUUUUAACCUUGGUGCAUGGAAUAGCAGCGAGAUUGCAUGCUGUGAAAUACAUGAAUUUGCAUUUCAUCUAUUCGAGAUUGCACUAUUCCCUUUUAAAUCAUGUUGGUCUAAGAUAGUAGUUUUAAAGUUCAGCUUAGUUAUACUACAAAUAUUCCAGGACCCUGGUUAUUAAAGGGAUACAUUGUGUAGGGACAGAACAAGAGGAUAUGCUAUGUCUCACCUUGUAGCCCUAUUUAGGAAUCAACACCAAUGCAUUACAUUACACAUCUGAAAGAAAUAAGAGUUGGCUCAUAUAGUUAUUUUUCUUGACACAAGCAGCCAUGGGCUUUCCUUGGCCACAUUUUGUGCUUGCUUAAGUGUGGAGAGAUGUUGGUGUGUGAACUGGGCUGUAGAUUGGUUAGUUGCAGUGGUUUCUGCAAUUGUGCUUGAGAGAAGUGCCAACACAGUCACAGAAGUUGCUGUUGGCGCUAUCUCUGUACAGCUCAAGUCGCCCUCAAUUUUCCCCACCUACCCUGUGUGUGGGCAUGCACAUGACUAAGGAUGAUCUAUGGUUACUUGCGCUUAGGCUGUGAACUCUUUCUAAAACCAUUUAUGCCUGCUCUUGGAUGCCUCAAUGACCCUGUUACAAAACUGUUUAAAAUGAAAAUUCAUUUUUUCCCUUAAUAUUUGUACAUGCUUCCAAUCUUCACAGGUUACAGCAGUUGCUUCAGUUUACCUGCUUUAGACAUUUGCACUUAUUUAUGUCUGAUUUGAAGGAAUGUCUUAGUUUUGCUUGUUGUAGCUGUUGUUUUUUUAGUUAAUUUCUUGCGAAACAUAAUGGUGUGCUGUCAACCUUAAUACUGACAGGAAAAUAGAAUUGUGUACUGUAGGUGUUAUCUAUUUAUAAAUCUGACACUCUUCCUCUCCACUCCUGGGUGUGCUGCUAUAGAUACUAGCAGAAUCUGCUUGCUGCUAUGAGAGAUGGAAAGAGCGAGCAUCAUAUGCACUGUAUGUAAAAUGACAAAUAGAAUGAUGGCAUGUUCUCAAGCUAAACUGAUAUCAACUGUUGCUGUGCAUGGAGAAACACAAUUACCAGAAAGAAACCUGAUACCACAUAACACCAAGAACUCUAAAAAUGAUUUUCCUUAUUUUAAUAUUGUGUGUGUGUGGUAUGUAAAGCAAUCUCUGACCUUAGCAUACUUAAAUACAGCUUAAGGCCCCGUAUCAUAGUUAUUUAUUUAUUAUUUUAAAUGGAUAUUUAUAUAUAGGAAUAUUCACCUCGCUGCCUUUAAUGGGCACUCAAGGUUUUUAUCCAGUUUUAAAACUGUUAGCGUUUUUUCUGAUCAGCUCUGUUGAUAAGAGGAUUAUUCUUCCUCUUCAAAAUGUGAGAAGCCAGUUUGGGAUUCCCUUUGGCAUUGUUGGUUUUGGUGUGUUCUCUCUUCGGUAUGUUUCUUUAGAAGAUUCCCCACCUGAAGCACAAAGGAGUUAAGUGGAUGUGAUUAGCAUAGUAAGACUGUAAUUCAGAGAACCAUUCCUACCGUGGCUUUUGACUUUUGCCGUCUUUUUAAUCACAGCCCACCCACCUCAAGGCCAUGUGGCAAGCUACAGUCAUGAUGGCUGUUUUAAGUAGCAUGUGUGUUGUUAGCCUCUUGUCCUUCUGGGUAUACACAAGCGCUUAGCUGUAUUUAAAAUGUGCUCUCUGGAUUACAACCAUUAUGCCAAGAUCCAAAGAGUGUGUGCACCAGUGCUGCCUGGAUUUUCCAAUUCUAGCUUUAGUUUCUUGUGCUAUGUUGGAAGAUUCUCUUGAGAGUCCCUGACUUUCUGGAGUAGUUCUUGGGAGAACAAGGCAUAGCAGGGGACUGGUGUGUGGGGAACAAAGUUCUGCAGUGUACACACAAACACUGCCUGCAGCUCUUUGGGCUGACUCCAUGUCUUCAUCUAUUAUGCUUAAAAGAUUUGCUGCUUUGCAGGAGGUAUGCAUAUUAUUUGUAUUUUUCUUUUUAAAUGGUACCAAAGCCUCCAGUACCAAGGUUUAACAUAGGUCUCUGGUUAGUAGUACAAACUGGAGCUGGUAUUGGUUGAAUCUUUCAUUUAAUUGCUUUCGUGUUGCUUUUAGCAAAAAGAAAUAAAUAAAAGGUUUUGAACCUUUGCCAUGUUAGAUAUAUUUUGAUACUUUUGCAGUCUUAGGUGCAUUUGCAAUUUUAAAAAUAUAUAUAUAUAAGUAGAAUACUGUAUACCUGCAGCAGCCAAACAUGCAUGUUGGAAAAUGACAGCAUCUGUUAAUAUUUACGUUUCUAAAGUUUUGACUCUAAUUAUAAGAUGAAUAUCUUUGAAGUUUUGUUGUGUUUUGUUAUUUUACUGCAGAUUUUGUUUCACUUAAAAGAAUCUUGCAUACAAAGCAGGAGACCUUAACACAGAAAUAAAAACAUUUAUGUACAUA